UUCCUCCACCCAGGGAACGUCACGACCUCCUUACUGCUGCUCCACUAGUAAUGCGCAGGCGCGGAUGGGAGCACGCACCGCAGAGCCGAGGGAGGGGUCACGAACUCUGACCCCCCCCCAAAUACACAAACCCAGAAAGCUCCCUGCCCCCACUUUUCUUUACCCCAUCCCUUUCAGCUUUCUCUAACCUGUCUCUUCCCGGAACCCCAAGCGACCACCGCAACGGGACUGUCCGGUCUAAGCCCGACGCGGGACGUAGCUCGUCGGAGAAGCACCGGACAUUCUGGCAGUUAGAACAUGGCAACCAUAGAAGAAAUUGCACAUCAAAUUAUUGAACAACAAAUGGGAGAGAUUGUUACCGAGCAGCAAACUGGCCAGAAAAUCCAGAUCGUGACAGCACUUGAUCAUAAUACACAAGGGAAGCAGUUCAUUCUGACAAAUCAUGAUGGCUCUACUCCAAGCAAAGUCAUUCUGGCCAGGCAAGAUUCCACUCCAGGGAAAGUAUUCCUCACUACUCCAGAUGCAGCAGGUGUUAAUCAGUUAUUUUUUACAACUCCUGAUCUGUCUGCACAACAUCUCCAGCUCUUAACAGAUAAUUCUUCUCCAGACCAAGGACCAAAUAAGGUUUUUGAUCUUUGCGUAGUAUGUGGAGACAAAGCAUCAGGGCGUCAUUAUGGAGCAGUAACCUGUGAAGGCUGCAAAGGAUUUUUUAAAAGAAGCAUCCGAAAAAAUUUAGUUUAUUCGUGUCGAGGAUCAAAGGACUGUAUUAUUAAUAAACACCAUCGAAAUCGCUGUCAAUACUGCAGGUUACAGAGAUGUAUUGCGUUUGGAAUGAGACAAGACUCUGUUCAGUGUGAAAGAAAACCCAUUGAAGUAUCUCGAGAAAAAUCUUCCAACUGUGCCGCUUCAACAGAAAAAAUCUACAUCCGAAAAGACCUUCGAAGCCCAUUAGCUGCAACUCCAACUUUUGUAACAGAUAGUGAAACUGCAAGGUCAGCAGGACUGUUAGAUUCAGGAAUGUUUGUGAAUAUUCACCAGUCUGGAAUAAAAACUGAGUCAACUGUGCUGAUGACACCAGAUAAGGCUGAAUCAUGUCAGGGAGAUUUAAGUACAUUGGCCAGUGUGGUUACAUCAUUAGCAAACCUUGGAAAAAGUAAAGAUCUUUCUCAGAAUAGUAAUGAAAUAUCUAUGAUUGAAAGCUUAAGUAAUGGUGAUACCUCUUUGUGUGAAUUUCAUCAAGAAAUGCAGACUAAUGGUGAUGUUUCAAGGGCAUUUGAUACUCUUGCAAAAGCAUUGAAUCCUGGAGAGAGCACAGCCUGUCAGAACACAGUAGAAGGCAUGGAAGGAAGCGUACACCUAAUUGCCGGAGACUCAAGCAUAAAUUACAUUGAAAAAGAGGGGCCACUUCUCAGCGAUUCACACGUAGCUUUCAGGCUCACCAUGCCUUCUCCUAUGCCUGAGUACCUGAAUGUGCACUACAUUGGGGAGUCUGCUUCCAGACUGCUGUUCUUAUCAAUGCAUUGGGCACUUUCGAUUCCUUCCUUCCAGGCUCUAGGGCAAGAAAAUAGCAUAUCUUUGGUGAAAGCUUAUUGGAAUGAACUUUUUACUCUUGGUCUUGCCCAGUGCUGGCAAGUGAUGAAUGUGGCAACUAUAUUAGCAACGUUUGUCAAUUGUCUUCACGGUAGCCUUCAGCAAGAUAAAAUGUCAACAGAAAGAAGAAAAUUAUUGAUGGAACACAUCUUUAAACUACAGGAGUUCUGCAACAGCAUGGUUAAACUCUGCAUUGAUGGAUAUGAAUAUGCCUACCUGAAGGCAAUAGUACUCUUCAGUCCAGAUCAUCCAGGCCUAGAAAACAUGGAACAAAUUGAGAAAUUUCAGGAAAAGGCAUAUGUGGAAUUCCAAGAUUAUAUAACCAAAACAUACCCAGAUGACACCUACAGGUUGUCCAGACUACUACUUAGAUUACCAGCUUUGCGAUUGAUGAAUGCUACUAUCACUGAAGAAUUGUUUUUCAAAGGCCUCAUUGGCAAUGUACGAAUUGACAGUGUCAUCCCACAUAUUUUAAAAAUGGAACCUGCAGAUUAUAACUCACAAAUAAUUGGUCACAGCAUUUGAAAUCUGAGAUAUCAGUGUAAACUUACUGUUCUUUCCCGGAACACAAAAUGACACCAAAUUAAACUAGUUACUUCCAGCGUAUCUGGAAAUUUUGACUUUAAAGAGUAACCAAAAACCAAGGUGUUUUUAUUUUAACUUCUUAAGAAUUUUUGAAGUGACUGGGCAGGUAUCAGGAAUCAGAAUUUCCUUUCCUGCCUUAUUUAAGUGAAUAAGAAAUAUUAUGAAUUUAUUCUUGGUUAAGAGGACACCUUAAGCUGUCACUUCUUGGCAUCUACACUAAGAUCUCUUAUUAUAUUUUAUCUUAUAAAACAAAUAAAUUAGUCUUUUUUUUUCCAGAAUUGUGUUCUAUUCAUAUUUUUCAUUAUGAACUAGUACAAACACUUAAUUGUCAGAAAUACCUAAGGAGGAUUUCCUUGCAUUUUACUCUUAAUAUAUAAUCUGUUUUAUUUACCACGUAAAAGAAGAUUCUUUUAUUCUCAGUGGCAUAAUGAUAACAUUAGAACCAUAGGAAAUAAUAACUGAAUAUAUAUAUUUUUUGUCUUUUGUAAAUAUUAUGGUACCUUUAGCAUAUACCACUCUCAUUGCUGGCAAUGAGACAUAGGCCAUUUAUGAUCUCAAGACUUUUUUUAGUGUUGUAUAUUAUUAGUUACAAGCACUUUUUAUUUAUGUAUGUAGCAGAAAAUUGUUUUUGAGAAUGAGGUAGGGUUCAUGUUUUAAUAUUUUUGGUUUACUGCUAUGUUUUAAAGUAGUAGAGACUGAGCCCCAAAUGUUUCAGUAUUUCAAAAUGGAUAUUAAAAUUAUUGCUUUUCCAUUCCACAAACGGCAUUUGACUUCUCUCCCUCUUUCCUGACCUGCAUUAUAACUUCCUGACCCUUCCGUGAGUUUUAGCCAGUUUCUUUUAGGGCCUUAGAAAUACCCAGUUUGUUAAAUAAUGGAUUUCUCAUAGCCAAUCUGUGUUUUCAAGGUGAGUUAAACAAUUAUUUUAAAGCAAAUUGGUAAUUUUCAAAAAUUUACAUUUUUUAACAUGUAAAGGAAUAUGCACUGAUAUUUGAUAUUUCACCCUAAAGGAGGGAAAGCUGUUUUAACAAGAGUAUGCACAUCAACCUGAAGCCUUGUUGCCACAACAAAACCAUUUUAGACUCCCUGGAUGCCUUCCACAGUAAUGUUUUCCUCAGCAAACCUGAUUAACUGUUAAAUCUUUCCUUGCUCUGAUUGUCAUAAUGAAUUUUGGUUUAUCUAUUUGUUGAUUUUUUAAAAAAUAUGGAGAUUUUAUUGCACUCAGAGUACAUUUUUAUAAAGAUUUUUGCAACAGAAGAAAAGCUGAAUUUAGGGGAGGAUGUGGAUUUUACUAAUAGUUACUUUAUAGUAAAUCAGAAGUUUAAAAGUAUCAACUUCCAGUCUUUACCAACUUAUUAAGGGAAAUUUUUCCCCUAUUUUAAAUGUAAUUUUUAUCAACAGUUUUAUUUAUAAUUUAUCAACUGGGAAAAACUACAUUUAGUAUAAAAUAUUCAAAUGGAAAAAUCAGUAGGUUUAUAUCUUUAUAAACCCAUUGAAGUAAGCCAAGGAUUCAGGAAAAUAAUUCUUUAAAAUAAUAUACUAAUGGCUAAUUAAGAUGCAUUUUUCUUUCAGGUAUUUUUCCUGAAUAAAUUUGUAGUUAUAUUUGGAAGUAUUUUUAAAACUCUAUUAAAAUGUGACCUGCAUUAAAAAUGUCGAUUUAUUUGA